UGGUGCUUUUCAGCUUCAGCUUAGCGCAGCCAGCAUCUCUCUCUCUCUCUCUCUCUCUCUCUAUCUCCGUAAUAUUAAAGAUGCUCGGAGCGCGUCUUUGCGUCCGUACAGUAUCGGGGUUCGGGACCUUAAGCGAUCAAAGAAAUGCGAGCCGUUCGAGCUCGAACCCUGGCUCGAUUCGGUUUGGUGUGGGGGCAAAACGGUGUCGUAGGCUCCUCCCAAUCCUCGUCGUUUCUUGCAAGUCUUCCCGCGGAACAGCAGGCUUGGGCGGCGGAUCCGGCAAUGCUGGCGAUGAUAGCGGCCACGAGUUUCUCGAAGCUUCUCUCCUUCUCUCAGAAACAUUCUUGCAUUAUCGUAUGUGGAAGCAAGGAUUUCUAAAAGAGAGGAAAUGGCAGUCUUGGCCUGGUCAACUGGCUCCCUUUUCAGGCCAAGGAAAAAAACCUCGAGUUGGUGUCGAUUUAAUUGGAGAGGAUCUUUUUCACCACUUUCAGAGUCCUACGAUCUUCCUCAAGAUUUCUUGUGAUGGAGAGUUUUUGCUACCGAUUAUUGUAGGGGACUCUGCUAUUCAAAAACUUAUAGAGACACAAUUGGAAGAUAAGAAUGGGGAUUCCCCAGAUCAAUUCCAGUUUGUCAGAAAUCUCUUGGAAAAACUAGACUAUGAAGUCAAUAUGGUGAGAAUUACAGAAAGAGUGAUUAAUACUUACUUUGCCAGACUAUAUUUUAGCAAGCCUGGGAAAAAUGACAUUCUAAGUGUGGAUGCACGUCCCUCAGAUGCCAUAAAUGUGGCAAAUCGAUGCAAGGCUCCUAUAUAUGUAAGUAGACAAAUUGUCUUGACAGAUGCUAUUAGAAUUGGUUAUGGAAUGGGCGGAAUACGUAAUACUAAGUCUACGAAGUCUACAUAUGAUGUCUCUCUUGACAGUGCUGCAGAUGGUCCUGAUAUACUAUCUGAGGAGCUUGAUUUGGUGAAUAAUAUGAAUUUGGCUGUCAAAGAAGAAAGGUACAAAGAUGCAGCCAUGUGCCGAGACAAACUAGUGAAGCUUCGUGAGUCAAUACAUUAACACUAACCAAUUACAAGUAGGAAUGCUAGAAGUGUCACGAAUGCCCUGAGGAAUCAGUUGAUGUAUAAAGAAACGUCAAAAUUAUAGUAUGUACAGGAAAUGUUGUUCUUUGUAGGUAGAUAAAAAAUCAUGUAUUUAAUUUAAUAUUCUAGCCAUGUAGAUUAUCAGAACACUCUUACCUGGAGAUGUAAUUUCCAAAGCCAAAUACAGAUUGGUUUGUAUGUAAUUCUUCACAGAUGAUGUAUGACAAGACACUCCAUUAAUUCCAUCUAAUUGAA